AUGUCCAACUACUCCUCCCGACAAUCCCUCGCGCCCACCUCAUCACGCAACAACCCCUCCUCCAACCAAACCUCUCGCCUCUCCACCAUCCCCACACAAGCAUCCAAACAGCGUCAACUCUCACACUUGAACUCCCAACUCGCGCAGUUGACAGCACACAUGUCCGAUCUCGAGAACCUGCUGAGGAUGACUGCCGUACAAGCUGAAGGAAUGAGAGGGUUGGGAGGCUAUGCAGGUGGUAUGUUUAUGGCUGCUAGUAAGGUGUUGGGGGAAGAGGCUGUCAAGAAUGAGGCCAAGGAGGAGAGGCAGGGGAGAUGA